UUUUAUGUGCGAGCUGGUGGUGUGUUUGCUCGCUGUGUUUCUGCUGCCAUUCUUGUCAUUUAAAACGUUUAUUUUCGGUUCUUAUAUUGAGUUGGAGUGUUCCUGUUGUGAAUCCGCUAUCCUGGAUCCUGUGAAUCAUCCACUCAUUUGGAGCCCAAUUGACCACUCUUGGCAUCCAUCCUGCAAUUUGUAAUGACUGGUGUUGCCAUGCCCAUUGGACCUUCUCACCCUCCUCCUCCUCCUCCUCCACCACCACCUCCUCCUCCUCCUCCCUCCAUCGCAGGAAGUGGACCGUUCUCUCGCAGUGUUCACCGGCGCUCUAAGAUGCGCAACUUCAACUGGGACACCAUUCCAACACAUAGCGUGGUCGGGAAGCUCAACGUCUGGACGUCACACACGAAGCUAGAGGACAUUCCCCUGGACACCAAGCGCAUUGAGGAACUGUUUAGCCACAGUGAACGUCAGCAGAUGCCGCUCAGGCAUGGCACUGUUAAGAAGAGUGUGUGGGGCCUGCAGUCCACUUGUCCCGAGUCAGAGAUUGUCUCAAUCCUUAACUCAAAGAAAAGUAUGAAUAUUGGGAUUCUACUGAAGCAGUUUAAAAGGCCAAUUCAGGACAUUGUUGAAGACAUCAUGGAGGGAAACAUGCGAUUUGCUCCUGGCAGUCUGAGAGAACUGAGCAAGCUGCUGCCUGAUGAUGUGGAGGUAAAGAAGCUGUUGUCGUUCCAUGGUGAUGCAUCUCAACUUGCAGAGGCAGAUCGCUUCUCCCUGAUGCUGGUUAAAGUUCCUGCAUAUGAAGAAAGACUGAAAAGCCUGCUCCUCAGAGAGGAGUUCAUACCCUUUAUAGAGGAGAUGAAAAAAUCCAUUUCCAUCAUGACUGCGGCAGCUAAUGAGCUGCUGGCGUGUGACGAUCUACAUUCUAUAAUCAGACUGGUGCUCAAAGCUGGAAACUACAUGAACGCUGAUGGCUAUGCUGGUCGUGCGAUAGCUUUCAGAAUGACUUCUCUCCUGAAGCUUGUGGACACCAAAGCGAACAAACCUGGCAUGAACCUUAUGCACUACGUGGCUAUGCAAGCUCAGCAGAUUGACUGUGCCUUAUUAAGUUUUACAGAACAGCUUCAACACAUCAGGGACGCAUCAAGAAUUCAAAAACAGGAAGUAGAAACAGACUUUAAGACAGAAAUAGAUAAAACUAAAGAAGCAAAGGCCUUUGCCAGCAAGCAGCCUGAUCUGCAACAUCAAAUGGAGGAGUUUCUUCAAAUGGCCACAAGUCAGUUAGCAGACAUGGAGGCCUCUCUAAGGGAGCUGGAUUCAGUCAGUCACACCGUGGCUGAGUAUUUCUGUGAAGACCCUGCUACCUUUAAGCUGGAGGAAUGCUGCUCAAUCUUCCACUCGUUUUGCGAGAAGUUUGAGAGAGCUGUACUGGAAAAUGCAGAACGAGAGGCAGCAGAGAGGCGCCGAAUGCAGCAGAGGGAGAGAGGGACACUGAGCCGAGUAGUCAAGCGGCGUACAGUCGCCACCUGCUCUAGGCCAAGCUCUGAACAUGAAGCCCUAGAAACCGUCCUCACCAGCUUCCUUAGCACUCGUUCUUCACGCAGAAGACAACCCUCAUCCAGCAGAAGUCCAGCAGAGACGCUGGGUGAAAAACACCCACUAGCAGAGAGCUCUCACAUUGGCAUAGCUCUGGAUAGUUCUGCUUGUAUAGACAAAAACGAUACAAGCCUUUUAUGUCAAGAGCAGGACCAGAGCUUCCAGGUAACCUUUGAAAUUCCUCCCCAAACAGAUCAAAAUGAGAUUUCACACACUGAGGAGCAGAACAAGAGCUGUCUGAUGAGCCAGGACAGCCCAGAGGAGAAAUGCUUCAACGCAGAAAGAUGCUGUGGUAUGAAUGUACACUGCUCAUCAGCCGGCCCAAAAAGAACACCAUGCAUAGAAGACAAAGCAACUCCAAAGAUCAGCAGAACAAGCCGUCGCAGGAGUGUAUUCUUAAGACUAAAUGGUGGACAGAAGAAUGAAAAGGCCCAUCAAACACUGGAGGGUUGCCAGAAGACGCCCUGUCAGGUUGGGUACCCUGCUUCAGAUGCUAUAGAUGUUCCAGGCAUCUCCUCUCCUCAUCCCAGAGGAAUACAACCAGUGGAUUUUGCUCUUCAGGAUAGUUUUGGAUCACCUUGGACUGUUCUCAGUCCUCAUGUUUCGCCCUCAUACAUGCGGCACCGCAGGUAUUCCUUCAGUUCCGCUCAAGAUGAAGAAUUAGACGAUGGACUGUGGGCACUGCCUGAUACGCCCUCAAAGGGCCCUCUUCUGGCACCCAUGUGCCGGUUCUAUGAGCACAGUGUGUCUACCUCUGUGAUUAGUCAUGUGGGUGUUGGAAGUUCUCCAUUAAAGCAAGGAACUCUGUUAAGGUCUGCAUCGGUAGGCGAAAAACCUGAAUCCAUACCCAGCUUUCGUUUCGGUGCUUUCUUCCCAAGGCGCCAUGGAAAAGAAACCAGGAAAGAGCCGUCUGCACUGAUGUCCUUCUUCCAGCGAUUUGGGGAGAGAGGAAGGCCUGCUUCAGUAGGAGGUUCAUGCAGAGGGGAUACUUGAAUUUUUUGUACUCUGUUCCUCCUCCCUGCCCCCCUCCCCUUUUUUUUUUUUUUUUUUUUUUUUUUUUUUUAAAUAGACUCAUUAGUGUUGUGUGCUUGCAUGCAUUGCACAAUGAACACUGUAACCCAAGACAAAUAUGGACUUGUUUUGGAGUGUGAUCACUGUCUUUAAAUGAAUCGUGUCCUCAAAAGUGGUGGAUUAUUUAUUUGUAUUCCAUUGUUUUUCUUAAUCUAAACUUUUUCCCCUCUCUCCCCCAUGUCAUGUGGAUUUAAUGUACUUUAAGGUUCCUGCUGAGUUCAUAAACACUUACGUUUGCUUGUGUGAUCUGCUUGUGUACGUUUUUAUAUAAUAAAGUGUGGCAUUCCACCUUCAUAUUUGAAAGUAUAUAUUUUACGCAACAUCCUACGUACACAUCACUUUUUGGAAUGUUGUGUACGGGUAGGUAUUAAGUGGUGGUGUUUUUGUCCCCCCCCCCCCCCCCCUUAAAUAUUGUUGUACAUGAGAUGAUGACCUCUCAACUCAACAUCUUGGGUUUUGUCCUCAAAAUACAGUGGCUGUCUCGUACUCGGGUCUUUGUACAGCUUAAUAGGUGUGGGGGUUUUUUUUCCCUUUUUAUUUUUUAUUUUUUUAAUUCCACACAGGAAGUGAUUGCUGGCCUGCUGUCUGGUCCUUGCUGUGUCUCUCAAUAGAGCUUAAUAUAUAACAGGCUUCCUUUUUUUUCUAGUUUU